GCCCUGGGACACGCCGCGUUUAUCCUGAGGAGCUGAGGAGAAGCGCUCUUUUUUUUGCUUUGACAGAAACUCUAAACACACUGUGGACAAAACAUCGGGACUAAACUCUUUCUAUUGCCGUUGAUCGCUGUCAUUUCACGGCUUAUGUUAUUUUCUUCCCGGACUUCACGGCAGGGAGGUUCUCCUGAGUAUGUGCCCGUGAAGUCAUUCAGAGCUGAUGGGGGAGACUGAGGAUGAGCAUACGGCUCGGGCCAGUCAGCUCUUUGAGACCUUUGUGCAGGCCUCCACCUGCAAAGGCACGCUCCAGGCCUUCAGUAUCCUGUGCCGCCAGCUGGAGCUCGACCCUCUGGACCACGGCCACUUCUACCACUGUCUGAAGGCUGCGGUCACCUCAUGGAAGGUCAAGGCUCUGUGGACAAAACUGGACAAAAGAGCUCAGCACAAAGCAUACGAGCAGAACACCGCCUGCCAGGGCACCAGGUGUCUCAUAAUUGGUGGAGGGCCGUGUGGUCUGAGGACUGCCAUUGAGUUGGCUCUGCUGGGGUGUAAGGUGGUGGUGAUCGAGAAGAGGGACACCUUUUCCAGGAACAAUGUCCUGCACCUGUGGCCCUACACCAUCCAUGACCUCAGGGGCCUUGGGGCCAAGAAAUUCUAUGGCAAGUUCUGUGCCGGCUCCAUCGACCACAUCAGUAUUCGUCAGCUACAGCUCAUGCUUCUCAAGGUGUCUCUCAUUCUGGGAAUAGAGGUUCACAUCAAUGUGGAGUUUGUCAAACUGCUGGAGCCUCCAGAGGAGCAGACUGAUGACAGUCCAGGAUGGCGAGCAGAGGUGCGACCUGCCACUCAUCCAGUUUCUGAGUUUGACUUUGAUGUAGUCAUUGGAGCCGACGGGCGUAGGAACACAUUAGAUGGCUUUAGUCGUAAAGAAUUUCGGGGAAAGUUGGCCAUUGCCAUCACUGCUAACUUUGUGAACAGGAACACCACAGCUGAGGCUAAAGUGGAGGAGAUCAGUGGUGUGGCCUUUAUCUUUAACCAGAAGUUCUUCCUGGAGCUAAAAGAGGACACAGGCAUCGACUUGGAGAACAUUGUGUACUACAGAGACAACACCCACUAUUUUGUGAUGACAGCCAAGAAACAAAGUCUACUGGACAAAGGGGUCAUUUUGAAUGACUACCUUGAAACAGAGCGUCUACUGAGCCCUGAUAAUGUUGAUCAGGAAGCUUUGCGGUCUUAUGCUCGUGAGGCUGCAGACUUUGGGACCAACUAUCAACUGCCUUCUCUGGACUACGCCAUUAACCACUAUGGGCAGCCCGAUGUCGCCAUGUUUGACUUUACCUCCAUGUAUGCCUCAGAGAAUGCGGCUCUCAUCCGGGAGAAACACGGCCAUCAGCUGAUGGUUGCAUUAGUUGGUGACAGUUUGUUAGAGCCCUUUUGGCCCAUGGGUACAGGCUGCGCUCGGGGGUUCCUGGCCGCCUUUGAUGCUGCUUGGAUGGUGAAGGGCUGGGCACAGGGCAGAAACCCCCUGGAGGUUCUGGCAGAAAGGGAGAGCAUCUACAGACUGCUGCCUCAAACUACACCAGAAAACCUCAGUAAGAAUUUUGAUCAGUACACAAUAGACCCUUCAACACGGUACCCCAACCUCAACUCUACCUGUGUCCGGCCUCAUCAGGUGCGACAUUUAUUUUUUGAUGGCAAACAGGGUUCUGGGCUCCAGGAGAGAGGCCCCAUUCGACAAUCAGUUAAUCUUUCAAGACGAGAGUCAGACGUGCGACCCAGCAGACUGCUGACCUGGUGUCAGAAGCAGACCCAGGGCUACAGAGGGGUAGAGGUCACUAACCUGACCUCAUCCUGGAAGAGUGGACUAGCCUUGUGUGCUCUCAUCCACCGCCAGAAGCCCGAUAUCAUUGACUUUGAUUGUUUAAAUGAAGAGGAUGUUGCGGAAAACAACCAGCUGGCCUUUGAUGUAGCAGAGAGAGAGUUCAAGAUUCAGCCAGUCACCACAGGGAAGGAGAUGGCCGCAGAGGGCGAACCAGACAAGCUGCUCAUGGUCCUCUACCUCUCUAAGUUCUAUGAAGCCUUUAGGAGCUCGCCACUAAACAGCAAAGGUUCAAGAGAGUUGGAUGAGAAUACUAAAGACUAUGCAACCAACAACAAUCAGCCAAGAAAGAGGAUACCCAGGGAAGAUAAGAAACCUGAAGAUGACUCUGUUAACAAAAGGAGGAGGAAAGGGGACCAUUAUCUAUCAGAGUUGUCCUGCCAUAGUGCUCCCCCUCCUGGUGAAAAUGAAGAGCUGCGAGAGAACAAGGUCCGAUCUAUGGCAACUCUGCUCCUGGCCAAGUUUGAGGAGAACAGCACAACAGGAAAAAUACGUACAAAGUCUGACGAGGAUCUUUCACAUCUACCUGGCUCUCCCUCUCCUGUGUCCUCUCCUCUUCCUCUCUCCUCUGAGGAUGGAGAAGAGGAGGAAGAGCAGGAUAUAGAUAAUCCUCGCUUUGCUAAACCUAAGCCUGCCCCACCUCCUCCCAGUCGCCCAAAGUGGCAGCCAUCCAUCUACCUCCGCUUACUGGAGAAUCCCAAUGCAUCUGUCUGUCCCAGCCGCUCUCCUUCACCUCCUCGGUGUAGAAGCCCUGUGGCCCUGUCCUGUUCCCCCACCUCUCCUCUCAAUGAACUGUCAGAGUGCCCAGGCUCUCCUCUGGCCCCAAACCACUGGUGCACUGUGGGACUUUCACACGUGGGGUCUGAUGAGUCAGAACAGCAGAGCAAAGGCCCAACAUUGUCCACUCAAGAAUUUACCAAAAGGAGUAUACAGGAGAGAGCAGUCCACCUCUCCUCUUUGUUUUCUGGUUCCAGCAAACCUCCAACAACUUCUGUAUCAGAGAACAAGGAUAGGAUUUCUGCUUCUUCAUUCUCAUCUCCUGCUCCACCUUCUGUCCCUAAACUAAAGUACCCCACAGUCCACCCAGUCCCAGAUCCUACAGCCCAGGCUGGUUUUUCCUCUGCUCCUUCCACCACUGCUGCUACAUUUGAAAACAUGGCUCUGAAGAAAUCUUCUUCUCAUCAAUCUUAUGCACCUGUACAAGCUGCACAUAGUGCUGCUACUAUAUCCAAAGAAAAAUGCCCAAACAGACAGUUCACGUCAACUCCUCUACCCAACUUGAACUGUGAAAAUGGACACGACAGCACCCUCUGUCUGCCAAGUUCUCCAAUUGAACACAAUCAAAACCCUGGAACUGAGGACCUUUUAGGUGGAAAUGAUUCCACAAAGUGUCAUGUGAGCUCCAAAAGGCCUAUUCAGCAGUCUUUUGUUCGCUCUGAGAGCUGUCCGGCAACUGCCCCUAGUUAUCUAAAAGAGCGUACUAUUGGAAAGGUGUCCUCAGCCAUAGAUGCUAAAGCCCAAAAGUUGGCCAUUAUGUAUGAGACCGAUCACAGACCAAAUGCUGCGCCGUGUGUUAGUCGCAGGGGCUUUGCUCCUUCCCUUGGCGGCAGUGAUACCUGCCACUUCUGCUCCAAGCGUGUUUAUGUGAUGGAGAGGCUCAGCGCAGAUGGACACUUUUUCCACCGCGACUGUUUCCGCUGUGACGUCUGUAAUUGUGUGCUCCGGCUGGGGACGCACACAUAUGACUCACGAGAAGGAAAGUUCUACUGCAAAGUACAUUAUGCCCAACAUCUAACAAGCAGUAUUUUUGGGAAGUUCGGGAGAAGAACAGAUGACCAAAGCCAGGACAAAUCUCAGGCCUGCACAGCAGCCAGCAGUGAUGCAGUGGCAGGUGGGGAGCCUGAGGCUCAGACUGUGGUCACUGAGACUGAUGCAGAGAUGGCAGUGGAAGCUCUGGAAGCAUCCUGUCUGGUCACUACCUCAAAUGAACUGACUGAAGCCAAGGCCACAAGCCAAGAUCAGUCAAAUGCCAAACAGACCCAUCGGUGGAAAAGGAAAAUCCAAGCCACCUUCCCUUUGAUCUUUGUCAAACAUUUCCAAAGGAGCUGGUCUGGAGACAAACCAGGCCCUGAAACUGUCCCUGAGGCAGAGUCCCACUUUGAGGACAUCACACCAAUAGACAGCCAUGAUGUUUUGCCUGAAUGUUUGAAGACAGAUACUCAAUGCCCUUCAGAUGGGAAAGAGGAGAGGGAAAAGUACUUUGCAAAAACAAAGGCAGGGGACUGUGCACCUGCCCCAAAGAAGCGCCUCACCAUCCCUGUGUGUGAGAAAGAGAAGCUGCUGGACUGGGAGGUGGUCACUACUGAAGAAGCAUCAAGACAAAUGAACAGGAGUGAACCCAAAACAGAAGAACAGGAUGAACAGGUGCAAACACACGCAGUGGGAGAUAAAGCCCAGAUAGACCCAGUCCAGGAUCCCGCCCAGAGCCAGAACUCUUCGUCCUCAGUCUUCCAGCUCAUCGCCAGUGCCUUCAGGAAGAACCGUCCCAGCAGCCCAAACACAACUGUCACUAUGAGGCAAAAGCGGGAUGGAUCUCGCAGACAGAGGCCAAUGUCUGAAGGUGCUUUUAACUUCAGCUCCCUGUUCAGCGCAGCAGAGUGGGGCUCAGACAAGAACAAAGCCAGUAGUGAAGUGCCCAGUGUGAGCUCUGACCCGUGGGGUGCUGGUCGGGACCUGCCCUCUUUGCUCCAGCAGGUGUCACUAAAGAGCAGGAGGGUGUCUGAGUUGCCUGUGCCCCGACGCAGGGUGGAUCUGUUCUCCUCCCUGCGCCUUAGAAAGAGACAGGGCUCAGAAAAUGAGGAGAUCAGGACCAUUCUCACCAACCUCAGAAACAAAGCCUCUAGUCAGCAAAGCCUGCAUGAACUCUCCAGUGAAGAUGAAAAUGAUAAUUCAGUGUUCACAAAUAAGUGGCACCCAGACCGCCAGAGGAAGAACCAGGAAAAGACUCAGGCUCAGCAGGCCAAAAGGGACCAGCUCAAGAGGCUGCACAGAGCUCAGACAAUUCAGAGACAACUGGAGGAGGUCGGCGAGAAACAGAGGGACCUGGAAGAGCGAGGUGUUGCUAUAGAGAAGCUCAUAAGAGGAGAAACAGAAAAGUCCCAUUCAGAUGACAGAGAUGAAGCCCAGCUGUAUCAGACCUGGUUCAAACUAGUUUUGGAGAAAAAUAGACUGGCUCGUUAUGAGUCCGAGCUAAUGAUCUUUGCUCAAGAACUUGAACUGGAAGAUACACAGAGCAGACUGCAGCAAGAACUAAGGAAACGAAUGGCAGUAGAGGAUACCAAGAAAAGUGCUUCUGAGCUGCAGCAGGAGCAGGAGAUGCUAGCAGAGAUCAUGAGGACAGUGGAAAGACGGGACGAGCUUGUGUGUGCACUGGAGGAGCAGAGGCUGAGAGAGCGUGCGGAGGACCGGGACCUUGAGAGUCUACUGUUGUCUCGCGGAUACGAGUUCCACUGGGCCCACCUGGAUGACGGCGAGGAGCUGGACCAAGGGGGGGAGUGCCUAAUGCGUGAAGGGGGGUGUCCCGUGGCAACGCUUGGCACAACACUGGUUUGAAAAGAAGAUGAGGGUUGUUGUUGGCAUAGGAACUGCACUAUGCUGUGCUAGCUCAGGUUCUACAUUGGCUUUGCACAGAAACUGAGGGAUGUGAUUACUACACUGGUUCACCAACACUACUGUAAUUACCUACUGUCUACUUUGUACUUUGCACAGCUGGGUUAUGCAGCAAAUGAGCCGAAAACUAUUCAGACCAUAAUGUUUGUUUUUGUAGGCAUUGCAUAAAGUGAGUUUAUUUUACAGUUUUUGUUUUGGAUUGAUAUUUAAAUGUAUUGUCACAGUUGAAUCAGUAAAGACUGUCAGUUUAAUUGCACAUUAUUUCCACUUUGUCUCACAAAUAUUUAUCUAUAAAAAGCAACAUUGGAAUCCUCACUAUGAGGCUGUGAAUCAUGCUGAGGUCCUGUGCAUGCAGUGCAGGGCUUUUGCAUGUUAUGAUUGAACUGUGACGCAUCAUGUUUUCCCACUGUGUGCAUGUUAUUAUUUCAAUGUAUUUAAUUAAUUAUUAAUUAAUUAUUAACUAUGUUUAAUAAAGAUAAUGAAUGCUAAAUAUUUCUAAUUAUAAUUUGGCAUAAUUAUUAAAUUAUAAAGUCAG